UCUGCACCACGACUUCUGCACCACGACUUUUACCGACUUCUGCACCACGACUUUUACCGACUUCUGCAUCACGACUUUUACCGACUUCUGCAUCACGACUUUUACCGACUUCUGCACCACGACUUUUACCGACUUCUGCAUCACGACUUCUGCACCACGAACCACCACGACUUCUGCACCACGACUUUGCACCACGACUUUUACCGACUUCUGCACCACGAUUUUUACCGACUUCUGCACCACGAUUUUUACCGACUUCUGCACCACGACUUUUACCGACUUCUGCACCACGAUUUUUACCGAAUUCUGCACCACGACUUUUACCGACUUCUGCACCACGAACGAAGAAAUCACACAUGAGUAGCCGGUUAAUCUUCUCUGUGGCCUUGAGAAAUAGUCGUAAUGGGGGCCAGAGACGUUUGAAAAUAUGGACCUAAUUCUUCUUUACA